AUGGCGCCAAUCCUAUUGUCUUCAAUAAUGCCCCCGGCGUCGACAUUGAGAACAAUGGCCUCAAUACGCAGGAAGAGAAGACGCCGGGAGCUGCUAUAUAAGCUUCUCGACGACAUUCUGAGAACGAUGAACUCCAAGCCCUCUUCAUCCUCUUCGUCCUCCAAACAUCCUGUCUACGACUCGAUCUCUUCCUCACAUCUUCGUCUCUCAAUACCUUCGACAACUGCUGGUCAGUUAGGCCUGGAGCACCAUCCGACGCGCACCGCCCUCGCAAAACUCCUGGAAAAUCCGACCGUUUGGCAAGCAGCGACCAAAAUGACUUUCGAAAGCGAACUACGCCUCCGCCCUCCUAAGCUCAAGGGUGGCUCAGCCUUGCAAAAGACCCGUCACGAUCACGUCUCCCGAAUUGCGAAGUCCUGGCCACUGCGCUGCACGAAGCUCCGCGCUCCGAAGGGCCUCCAAAACCCUAUGAACUACUGCUAUCGUCGCAGCGUGAUGCAAUCCCUUCUUCAUCUCCCUCAGCUGCUUCAUUGGAUCGAUGGCCAUAAUCAAGGCCAGAACGCUUGUGCUUUUGCCACCCCGUCGACAGCGUCCGGAGGCUCCCCAGGUGGCAAGCACGUUGCCAAAACGGCGCCGAAAUCCUCCCAAUGUCUCGCCUGUGCAAUGAAGGCAUUCGUUCCUCUAUACUGGGACCCGCAAAACCCUCACGCUGAGGUCCCCCAAUCAGCAGUAACUUCGUUUGACAAGGUCGUCCGAGCGUCACCCGUCGUCCGCGAAUCCAGCCUUGGAAUGGAAACACAAGAGGACGCCGAGCAGUUCCUCUCGGUGCUUCUUAAUGCCUUUGAGUCGUCCACAGCAACUCCUGCCUGGUCCGCCCAAUUUGCGUCGCUCUUUCGUCUGCAAGCAACGAAUACGGACACCUGCGCCUGCGGCACCGUCACGCACCCUACUACCGGUGCUGAGACCACCCUCCGCCUCCACCCAAAUGGUCGAAAGGACACCAUUGCUGCCGCUUUCCGUCGGCACUUCGCCCCCACGCAACUUGAGAAACGCUGCGCUGCGUGCUCCGGUCCUGGCAAGAACGGCCAAUUGCCCCCAAGCCGGGUGCACACUCGUACCCAAACUGUGGACGCCGGCCCGGAACUCCUAGUUGUCCAAUUGACUAUCUACGACGAUUACGGCAAUAUUAUCAACAAUGGCACCAAAUUUGACGACUUUUUGGAUCUCACGAAGUACCAAACGGCCAAAGAUCUACCAUUGAAGUACAAGUUGUCGUCCGUUGUUUGUCAUCAAGGCCGAAGAAUUGACGGCGGCCACUACGUGGCGCACGUGUCAGGGCCCCAGCGAACCCACAUCAUCUCCGACAAAGUUGUCCGCAAAACGUCCCCUCCGAGCCUCACCAACGUGGUGCAAAUCGUCCCGGGAAUGGGCAGAUUUACGCCCUAUCUUCUCUUCUAUGUGAAGAUAGCGUAG